AUGUUCUCGGCGUCCAAGAUGACGACCAAGCCCGACAUUCGCUGCGCCUACAAGGUCGUUGAUGACUGCAUCAUCUACGCCGACGUCUACCUCCCUCGCACGCCAUCCGCCGUUGUAGAAAAGAGACAACAUCCCGUCGUCCUCGCGAUCCAUGGCGGAGCCUUCAUCCUCGGCCACUCGGACAUGGUCAACAAAGACCAGAUCCAAGACUGUCUCGAGCGCGGCUGGAUCGUCGUGUCGCUCGAGCACCGCCUCUGCCCGCAAGUCAACAUCCUCGAGGGUCCCAUCACCGACUGCCGUGACGCCCUUGCCUGGGUCUAUGACGGUGGUCUGGAUGGGGAGCUCGCAAAGAGCCCCUCGACAGCCACCUUUGCCGUCGACAAGGACCGCGUCGUCGUAUUCGGCACGUCGUCUGGAGGCGCAAUAGCGCUUGCGAUGGGUUACUCCGUCCCCCGACCACCCCUCGCCAUCCUCGACUUUUACGGCGCAACGCACUUCACGCACCCCUUCUGGUCAACACCACUGCGCACAGCCAAGCUGCCCCCGAACACGGACCCAGACUACAUCAACCAAGUCUACGACGAGACCCCCGUGCCGAUCCGCGGCGGCCUAUCACUAGAAGGCCAACCACCACCACCAUCCUCAUCAUCUUCAUCAACACCAUCCACCAGCAACGCCACCUCCACCGCAUCCUCCACCGCCUCCUCCUCGCCCUCCUCCUCCAUCAUAACCGACAGCAGCACCAGCACCAGCACCAGCACCACCAACAACAGUAGCAGCAACAAAAACCAACCACCCCCCGUCCCACCCCGCCCCUCCUUCGCCCUGACGCACAUCGCGCGCGGCACGCUGCUGCGCGUGUGCUACCCGUUCGGCGACCUGCGCGCCAUCGACGCGACGCAAAACAUCACCGCCAGCUUCCCGCCCACGUGCGUCGUGCACGGCACCGCCGACGCGACGGUGCCGCUGCACCUGUCGCGCGAGCUGUUCCGGCGGCUCGAGGCGGCCGGCGUCGAGCGCGAGUGGAUCGAGGUGCCCGGCGAGGAGCACACCUUCGUCGGCAAGAUGGAGAAGGGCGGCGAGGCGUGGGCGCGGCAGCGGCGCGGGUUCGAUUGGUUGGAGGGCAUAGUUUCGAGGUGA